AUGGCGGCGCUGAGGCUUUUGGCUUGGGCGCUUCCGCGCGGAGUCUCCAUCUGCCGCCCACCGCCCGCGCUGCCCCACCGCCUUGUCCUCCGCUUUGCUAGCGACCGCUACGGACGAGUCCACUUCUACACGGACCCUAUGAAGGCGGUGGAGGGCGUCAAGGAUGGGGCGACCGUCAUGCUAGGAGGCUUCGGACUCUGUGGCAUCCCCGAGAACCUGAUCGGCGCGCUGAAGGCCAAGGGCGUGAAGGACCUGAAGAUCGUCAGCACCAACGUGGGCUUGGAGGACUUCGGCCUGGGCAUCUUGCUGGCCUCCAAGCAGGUCAGGCGCGUGGUGUGUUCAUACCUGGGGGAGAACGCGCUGUGCGAGAAGUUGUUCCUGGCAGGCGAGCUGGACCUGGAGAUGACGCCGCAGGGCACCCUGGCCGAGCGCAUCCGCGCGGGAGGCGCGGGCUUGCCCGCUUUCUACACGCCUACGGGCUAUGGCACGCUGGUGCAGGAAGGUGGCGCCCCCAUCCGGUACGAGCCAGAUGGCCACCUGGUCACCCUGAGCCAGCCGCGGGAGGUGCGCGAGUUCAAUGGCCGCCACUACCUGCUGGAGCACGCCAUCCGCGCCGACUUCGCCCUGGUCAAGGGCUGGAAAGCCGACCGUUCUGGCAACGUGAUCUUCCGGGGCAGCGCGCGUAACUUCAACGUGCCCAUGUGCAAGGCCGCUGACAUCUCUGUGGUGGAGGUGGAGGAGAUCGUGGACGUGGGCACUUUCCGCCCAGAGGACAUCCACAUCCCCAACAUCUACGUGGACCGUGUGAUCAAAGGACCGAAGUAUGAGAAGCGCAUCGAGCGCGUGAUCACGCGCGACAGCCAGCCCGCAGCCGCGAGCAAGCAACAGGACUCCAUCAGGACGCGCAUUAUCAAGCGCGCGGCUCUCGAGUUCGAGGACGGCAUGUAUGCCAAUCUGGGCAUCGGGAUCCCUCUCUUGGCCACCAACUUCAUCAGCCCCAAGAUGAAAGUCUACCUUCAUAGUGAAAACGGGAUCCUGGGCUUGGGCCCGUACCCCUUGAAAAAUGAAGUGGAUGCCGACAUCAUCAACGCGGGCAAGCAGACAGUGACUGUCCUGCCCGUGGAUGAUCAAGCUUGCCGGGCUGGGAGGAUAAGCCCUAACAAUGUCCUUGCGGAGGCAGCCAUGAGCUGGUGGGUCAUGAACCCCACGUUCUAG